AUGAUCAAUCUGAUCCCACUGUUUGCAGUUCCUCACCUUAGUACCCUCGCAGAUCUACUAGGUGUGACCCUCAGCACGUUUCGGCAGAUCCAUCGGUCGGCAGGCGUGAUGGCGGUUAUGCUCACCAUCUUCCACCUGUUAGUCAUGAUAGCCUCGCAGCCCUCCUUUCCUUUGGACCUGCCCCAGAACAAGUUCGCAGUUAUCGGAGUAUCAUUACUAGGGUUCAUUAUUCUGCUCUCUCUGUCUCUCUUCCGCUGGCCCUCCUACGAACUCUUCCUCCGCACCCAUCAGGCCUUGGCUACGCUCGCUGCCUAUUCCAUCUGGCGACACCUGCCCUCCGAGAAGGCCUUCCCCCGCAUAUACCUAUACAUCUCGGCAGGGCUGCUUCUGUUCAUGUGCAUUGCCCAGGGUUAUAUGGUCAUCCGCCGAAACGGUGUCUUCCGUUACGGUGGCGCGCGAGCCCACAUUACCCACGAAUAUGUUGCGGUCAGGGUCCGCAUCCAGCUUCAGAAGCCACUUGACGUCAAAGCCGGGCAGGCCGUCAACCUUUGGAUAUGGAUGCCUUCCGCAGAGAAGCCGCAAGAUCAUCUAGAUCUCUUUAUCGAGCCUCGGAGAGGCCUGACCCGAGAACUCUUAUACCAUACCAAGAGUGGGCAUGCCAUGAACCCCUGGGUACUGUUCAGUGGACCUUACGGGAAUAGCAUUCCCAUAGACAACUGUGAGAACAUCCUUAUGGUAGCUAGUGGCUUCGGAAUCGCAGUACAUUUGCCAUACCUGAAGCAGCUCAUUCACGGGUACAAUGCCCGUAAGAACAGAGAUCUGACCGAGCCAGACGUUACAAUCGCGGCCCAGCCGCUCCUUAACGGUGCAUUAAACGAGGAUACGCUGGAUAAUGGCUGGAUUCUAGCCAUCUCGAUCUACUGCGAAUCAAGCGAUAUUGGCGAAAAAUCCUUUGGGAAGCGUGCAAAGGUCUAUCCGGGCAAAGCUCCAUUGCGAGAGAUCCUUCAGGCAGAAGUUGCAGGAGAGCAUAUUGAGAAGAAGCCAGUAGACAACAUUGACUGCGAUACAAAGACGCCCGUGGAGGGGGAACUUGAAUCUCUGGCAGAUUCUGCCUCAGCAACAAACGCGGCGAUAGAUCAUGUGGAAGAUGAUUCUGCCAUCGCGGCUAGUAUACUUCAAGGCCUUGCUCAAGGUCAUACUCCAAGCAGAGAGACUGACCCCGCCGCUGAGCCGGUUCAAGUGUUAUCUUCAGUGUUGAAGAUGUUUUGCGAAAUGCUAAAUUUGAAUGCCUCCGACGGCCGUUCAACUGUUCAAGUUGAGACCCUAGAGCUCCUUUCCAAUAUCAUGGAAGGCGCCUUUCAACGUAUAAACUUGCUCCAAAUGGAGAAUCAAAGGCUACAUGAGAACAUCAAACAGCUCCGCGAAGAGAAAAAGGAACUCAAUGGUAAAUACAUAAGGCUCGAGCAUAUCGCAAUCCGGGUAGAAGCCGACAAUCGAACGCUAAGAAUGGAGAAGGAAGUUUUGCAGGGCGAGACGGUUGCUACAGAUCACGGAUCUAUGACGGAAGCAGACGAGGAGGGCCCGAGUAAGAAGAGAAGCAGACGAGGGACGUAA